ACGAACACUCUGUAGUUGAUUGGUUCUGUCUUUGAGCAAUUGCUUAUACGUUCAGAUGAGCAGGAAGAAUAGUUAUACACAAUUAUUCGCUAAUAACAAUAACUUGGAAAAAAUAUCGAUCUUAAGGUGUUUUUUUUUUUUUUAAACAUCCUUUCGAAACAUAUGGAUACUUCAGGAUCGACCCGCCCAACUCUGAAACACCAUAUUUAGGCUAAACAAUACUUUUACUUUUACUUUUUUCGAGGCUAUACUUCUACUUUUUGAAAUGUCUGUGACCAAUGUUUUGUGAAAGAAAAAUAAGUGAUAUUCGCCCUAUAUCUGGUGUUUGUUUUCCAAAGAAUGCAUAUGUCUGCAAGAAGCCUGUGGAAACACGACCUGUACAAGAACUGAGUCUUGAAGAAUCUUGAACUACUGUUGCCUUGUCUCUCAGUUUUCUAUGAAAAUCCCUCCAUAUUGUUUACUGUUAAGGCACACAUCAACCAACAUCACAGCAUGUGAAGCGUCUUAAGAUUGUGCUGAACAGCACUGUAAUGUUACAUUAAGUAGAUCUAGACUGUGACCAUGUUCGCUUUAAAGAUUAUUAUUCUUAUUACACUUAUUGUUCCUCUUAAUUAUGAUCUUUGUUCAUGUCAAUGUGCUCGUGCUGAAUAUAAGAUAGACAAGCAAUGCUGCCCAAUGUGUGCCCCUGGAAACCGUGUUCGUUGGCACUGCACAGAUGACACCAGCACAACUUGUGUUCCAUGCCCUCCAUUAACUUUCCUUGAUGAACCAAAUGGCCUCAUGGAAUGCUUUCCCUGUACUGUAUGUGAUGCAAACCAAGGUUUAAGACUGAGUGAAGUAUGCACUCGGUCAUCAGAUGCUGUUUGUGGGCCACUGGAGAGAUUCUACUGCACUGAAAAAAAGAAAGGCAGCUGCACUUUAGCUGUGCAACAUUCUAAAUGUAACCCUGGACAAUAUAUCAAACAAGCAGGUACUGGUUCCACAGAUACUGUAUGUGCUGACUGUACAGGUGACUCAUAUUCAAACGGAUCUUUCUCAUCCUGUUUACCACAUACAAAAUGUGAGGCCAUGGGACUUGCUGAAACAAAUCCAGGAACACAUUCAUCAGACUCUGAAUGUGGAAAUCCCCCUACUGCUGUAGCAAUCAUUGCCUCUAGUGUUAUAGUUACUUUAAUAUUAAUUACAGUAGAAACAGGAAAUGGUUUACAUGAAAAACACAGUUCAAAAGUUGUUGGCGGCAGGAUAAAUGUUGAAUCAUUUGGAAUAGAAGAACAAUUCCUAAGAACCUAGGGAUUGACUACAGUUUCUAAACUACUCACAUAUUUCACCACAUUCACUGAAAGAGUUAUCAUGCCUGGAAUUUAUCGGCUUGAGCUACAGAAAGUGAUUACUAAUCCUCUUACAUUUACAUUUAUGCAAAUAAGCAGCCAUUUAAUUAACAGACUAGAAUAAUCAUGGCUGAU